AUGGCUACAAUCAACCAGUUCGUGAAGCAAGAGCGUCCCACACGUAAUCACGAGUCGUUGAAGGUGCCUAACGGUGACGGAUUCCCCAGUAUCUCGAAUCCCCUCUAUCAUCUGGCAUCAUAUACCAAUGGAAGGACGCCUGAUGAUAAUGCCAUAUUCACCGACGCCCUCAAGGAAGACAUUUUGCCCCCAGGGCUACAAGACGGCGUCAAUUCACCCAGGGUUACGAUUGACUGCCCUCUCCGCUCGUCGGAACACCCUGCCAAAGACCAUGCCAAAUCCGAAGUCAAAGUACCGGAGCCCCUUGCCAUCGUGGGAAUGGCAUUCAAGUUUCCUUCCGGUGCGGAAACAGAAUCGACAUUUUGGGAUAUGCUCAUGUCCAAACACUGUGCCUCGUCUGAGUUUCCCGCCGACAGACUCAACAUUGAUGCCUUCUACAACGCAGACACUAAGAAACCGCAUUCCAUACAUACACGACAUGCACAUUUCCUAAAGGAAGACAUUCGCUCCUUCGAUGCGCAACAUUUUGGCGUUCCACCCGCUGAGGCUGGUGCAAUGGACCCUGACCAGCGUGGCCUUAUGGAAACAACGUAUCACGCGCUGGAAAAUGCCGGCAUACCUAGCUCUUCACUCUCUGGCACCAACACUUCUGUGCAUAUCGGAUUCUUCUCGUCAGACUUCAUGACGUUUAACCUCCGUGACCCACUGCGCAUCCCGAAGUACUACGCUACGGGCUCAUCAAGCUCUAUUCUGGCAAAUCGAAUUAGCUGGCACUUCAACCUACGCGGACCGAGUAUGACCGUUGAUACGGCAUGUUCAUCAGGCCUGAUAGCGCUUGAUCUCGCAUGUCAGGGGCUAUGGGCCGGUACAAGUGACACGGCAAUUGUGGGAGCUGCAAAUCUAAUCCUAUCACCGGAGCUGAACAUUGCACUUUGCAACAUGAACUUCCUCUCGCCGGAUGGCAAAUGCUACUCGUUUGACCACCGUGCAUCUGGUUAUGCGCGCGGGGAGGGCUUCUCAGCCCUCGUCUUAAAGCCACUUUCUAAGGCUCUGGCGGCUGGAGACACUAUUCGCGCCCUUGUACGCAGUAUAGCUAGCAACCAAGACGGUCACACCAAUGGAGGAAUUACUCAGCCGAGUAAAGAAAUGCAGGCCAGGCUGAUUCGCGACACAUAUGCCAGGGCUGGUCUGGAUAUGGAUGCAACACGUUUCUUCGAGGCGCACGGGACAGGAACGGUUGUCGGCGAUCCUACCGAAGCGCGAGCAAUCGGGGAGAGCUUCCGCCAAUACCGAACCAAUCAUGAGCCCAUGUAUGUCGGCGCUAUUAAGUCCAACAUUGGGCAUUUGGGAGGAGCAAGCGGGCUCGCGGGCGUAGUCAAAGCAGUGCUCGCGAUUGAAAAGGCUAUCAUACCACCGAAUGCCAACUUCGAGAAGCUCAAUCCGACUAUCGACGAUGAAUUCUACCGGCUCCACUUUCCCCAGGAAUGCAUUGCAUGGCCUGAAGGCGAGAUUAGGAGAGCAUCGGUCAAUUCCUUCGGUUUUGGUGGCUCGAAUGCUCAUGUCGUUCUUGAUGAUGCCAUCUCCUAUCUGCGCAAGAAUCAUCUUCAUGGCAACCAUUUCAGCGUACCGACUCCACCAGGGUUUUCCACUAGGUGUAACGGAGACACAAACUUGAAGAACGAAGUGGAUAGGAGCCAACUAACUGGGAAGUCGUUGAGAAAUGAGUCACCUGGCUUUUGCCCUAUCCUUAUCGUGUUGAGCUCGUCAGACGAUGCCGGUAUAACUCGUCAGAUUGACUCUCAUGGUUCUUACCUCGAACAUAUUGAACCUUCAGCACUUCCUGACGUCCUUCCAUGUUAUGCCUACACCUUGGUAAGCCGACGCACACUCCUGUCCUGGCGUUCCUUUGGUGUACUUGAGUCUCUCGAUAGCAUCUCCUCGUUUCCGUCGGUCAUGACAUUACCUAUGCAGAGUCCGGGUCCAGAUCGACAUCUUGGCUUCGUUUUCACCGGCCAAGGCGCCCAAUGGCAUGGCAUGGGGCGCGAAUUGCUAUCCGAGCCGGUCUUCCAGGACAGUAUCCAGCGAUCACAGAGCUACCUCGAAGAACUCGGAUGCCCAUGGAGGAUCACUGAGCAUCUCACUGAUCAAUCAAACGCAGAAUCUGUUGCAGAGGCGCAGUUCAGCCAAGUUCUCACAACAUCUGUUCAGGUGGCUCUUGUGGACCUUAUGUCCUGGCUGGCUAUAAGGCCCUCUGUUGUGGUGGGGCACUCCUCUGGAGAGAUAGUCGCAGCGUACACAGCAGGCCACAUCUCGCAAAGCGCCGCGAUUAAAAUAUCGUACUAUCGGGGCCUCCUGGCAACCAGACUCGAAACAGCAUCGACCAAGAAAUGGUGUAUGGCAGCGGUCGGUCUUUCUCGCGAAGACGCAAUUUUCGAGAUAGAAAUGCUAGCGCACGACCAGGAUUCUGGCAUCGAGCUUGGCUCGCUGAGCAUCAGCUGCAUCAACAGCCCCUCGAACGUUACCAUCUCCGGCCCGGACUCGCAAUUGCGGCUUCUGGUUGAUCAUGUCACGCGGAAGGGGGUAUUUGCCAGACCGCUGAAAGUCGGGUUGGGAUAUCACUCUCCCCAAAUGAUGGACGUCAGCCAAGAAUAUCUCUCGCUGCUCACAGAGCUCGAGUCAGGGUUGGGGACUACGCCGACGAGUCCAAUAAUGGUAUCUUCUGUGACGGGUGGUGUGGUAGACGCUUCAGCCGUAUGUACUGGAGAGUACUGGGUCCAUAACAUGGUCUCCCCGGUCGACUUUCUCGGUGCCAUGCAAUUCUGUAAUUCUCCUGAGAGAUCGGGUUCCGCAAACAAACGUCUUGAUUGCGGCCACAUAUUGGAGCAACGUAUUGAUUGCUGGCUAGAGAUCGGUCCCCAUGCUGCGCUUCGAGGUCCCAUUAGGGAGAUCCUGAAAACUUCCGCUCCCGACCGGGAGAUCAUCUAUACUUCCGUCCUCAUUCGGCACAGAUCAGCAGUUGUUACCGCUCUAGCCGCCGCAGGCGAGCUCUUCUGUCGUUCCUUCAACGUGGAUAUAUCUCGCGUUGUGCUUCUAGGACUUUCCGAGACUCGAAGAAGAACAUUGAAGGUGUUACCAGAUCUUCCCAGAUAUCGAUUCAGUCGCUCCGCACUAUAUUGGGAGGAGCCACAAACGAACAAGAACUUCUGCUUCCGCAGACACGGUAACUACGACCUACUGGGGACCAUGAUCACGGAUCCUAACGCCCUAGAGUCACAGUGGAAGUUGAUUAUCAAGGAAGAUGAUUUGCCUUGGGUCAAGGAUCAUAAAGUCAAUGGCAUGGCCUUGUACCCUGCGGCGGGAAUGAUUGUGAUGGCGAUCGAAGCUGCAAAGCAAUUGAUGGAAAAUCAGAUGCCCCUUGCAUUCGAACUGGAACAUGUCGAAUUUCCAGUGCCCGUCGUCCUUACCUCUGGGUCAGAGGGCGUGGAACUACGCAUCCAUAUGAGCUCUAGUGUGAAAAGUGCAAGGGGGGAGACAGAUUACAAGUUCCGUAUCUUCCUCUGCAAGUCCGACGGUCGCCACGACGUUGCAUGCUCGGGAACGAUACGAGGAGACUAUGGGCUGGCAGUAUCCGACGUCUAUGAAAAGAGACAAGAUGCAGAGAAAGCACUCCGCGUGAAGACUGAUCUUGAAAACACGGUGGCCACGUGCACACGUACUUUGGACUCUCAGAAAAUGUAUCGAAUGAUUCGCGAGAAUGCGGGCUUGGAGUAUGGGUCAGCAUUUCAGGUUCUGGUCGACGUUCAUUGCCAUGAUUCUGGAAAGGCAGUUGCAGCAGUGCUUCCCCGAAAUGCAGACUCCACGAGCCCGUACACCGUACAUCCUACCAGGCUUGACGGGAUAUUCCAACUUGGUUUUGCAGCAUUACACGCAGCAAACAGAGAAAAGACGAUGGUUCCCACCUUCUUGUCCCAUAUAUGGAUCCCAGCUCAGGGAUUCGGACACCAAGACCAGAGCCAGGAGAAAGCUUUCUCAUGGGUGCAGAACGUCACUGAACGCACUGCAACGUUUGACAUCAAAGCCAUCGAUGCGGCUGGCGUGCAGUUACGAGCUGAAGUCACUGGCUUGGAGGUGACAGCUGUAGAAUCGAACGGCGAGCCCGCGACCUCGCUCGCAGGCGCCCCAUAUCUAUGCUCUCACGUCGAGUGGAAUGUUGACUUCGAAGCUCUGGACGUAGAAGAGAUACGAGAGUAUUGUGAGGCAGCAAGGCCAGCCGGAGCUGAGCCCGUCGAAUACUUCAAGAACAUGGACACUUUGGUCUUCCAAUAUGCAGCGAAGGCGCUACGACGAAUCGAUCAACAGGGUGGAAGCGUGGCCCCACAAAUGGAGAAGUACGCUAGAUGGCUACGCCUCCAAGUCGACUCAUUCGGCUCCACUUCUUUGAUGAGCGAUGCAGAGCUCGAUCCCUUAGGUGCUUCAGCCAGUUGCACUGCGCGAGGUGAAAUGCAAGUACGCGUUGGCCAACACCUUGCCAAUUUUCUUUGUGGCGAGGCAGAUCCUCUUCAGGUUAUCUUUGCCGACGAAGCCAGAGUCACCGACUUCUAUCGCGAACUCAUGGAAGACACGACCGGUGUGGCGCCAUUCAACCGAUAUCUUAACGUGCUGGUACACAAAAGCCCCGGUUUGAAAUUUCUGGAAGUAGGCGCAGGCACCGGGUCAUCUACCGCCGUGAUCUUGAGAACCAUCGGAAAUCCAGAUAUCGGUCCCAGAUUCGAGAGCUAUACGUACACCGACAUUAGCCCGUCAUUCUUCGAGCAGGCGAGCCUUAAGUUCUCCUACCAUGGGCGCGUUAAGUUUCAGAUCCUGAACGCUGAGGAGGACUUGACUACUCAAGGGUUCGACCUCGCCGCCUACGACGUGGUGAUAGCAGACAAUGUUCUCCAUGCAACCCAUGACUUGCACGUCACGCUUAGCAAUAUUAGGAAACUGUUACGUCCAGGUGGCAAACUCAUCUUGAAGGAAUUAGCAACUCCGGGACGUCUGCUCACAGGCUUUGUUUUUGGACUUCUCCCAGGGUGGUGGCUGGCCAAGGAACCUGAGAGAGAACUGAGCCCUUUGCUUACCGAAGAAAGGUGGGAUGGGCUUCUGAGGGACUCUGGCUUUUCCGGUAUCGACUUGAAGUUUCCGGACCAUCUCAGUCUAGAGGCACACAUAUGGAGCAUUAUGAUUUCGACCGCCACAGCAGACCAGCCGCCUCGUUCUCCCCGAGAGCCACAGCCCCUGUCUCAACCCCUUUUCGUUAUAGACCCCUCUUCAUCCCUUCAGAGAGAGGUUGCUUCCGACCUCGCCAGCGAACUCGGCAUCAAAGGGGACUUGAAUCUUCUCAGCCUUGCCGAAGCAUCCCACCUGUGCCAAUCGGAACCCAACUUCCAUAACUUCGUGUUCCUAAACGAGUUAGAAAGCGCAGUUCUACCGAAUAUCCAGCGUUCUGACUUUCACCAUCUUCAGGUAUUCCUUGGAUCGGCUCAGUCUAUAAUCUGGGUCAAGCUAGGAGCGAGAGGUGGUACAAAUUCAUCUCCCGAAUAUGGCAUGAGUGACGGUUUAUGCAGAGUGUCACGGCGCGAGAGUCACAACAUUUUGGUCUCUCUAUGCGUCGAGGCCGCCAACUUCUCUUCCAUCGCCAACAUCGCCAGAGUUUACAAGAUGACUCAGAGACGGACGAGUUAUGGAUCCUCUGGUUUCGAACAAGAGUAUCAGGUGAUCGAAGGAAGACUAUGCGUGAAUCGGCUCGUCAGGGCUAAGAGACUCGACGAGCAUAUCUUCAGGCGAACCACCAAGGUAGUCUUGCACCAGCAGAUGGCUGAAAAGAAACUGGAAGUCGGCAUUCGCGCCCGCGGUCUCUUAGACACCAUUCAAUUCUCUGAAGAUGGAACAUUUAACCGGCCCCUCGGUCCUACCGAAGUCGAUGUCGAAGUCCGAGCCAUUGGUGUGAACUACAAGGAUUGCCUCACCCUUCUCGGCAAGUUCGACAGCGAUCAUUUUGGUAGCGAAUGCUCUGGAAUUGUACGCGCCUGUGGCAGAGAUGUUGAACAUGUCAAGGUCGGCGACAGAGUCCUAGUCGGCACUCAUGAUACGUUCAAGACCUACAUCCGCGCUCCUGGAAGAACAGCAAUCCGCGCCGAAAUAUACGCCACGGUCGGGUCGAGUCAGAAGAAGGGCCUUCUCGUAGACGAGUACGACGUCGCCGAGGAUCACAUUUUCUAUUCCAGGGACGCUUCCUUCUAUGACGGCAUUAUGCAGGCCACAGGGAAAAGAGGAGUAGACGUCAUCAUUAACUCCCAACAAGGUCGGCUCCUUGAAGCUUCGUGGAACUGCAUUGCCGUCAGUGGCCGAUUCGUGGACAUCGGGCUGAAAGAUGCCUAUUUAAGAGGUCAAUUACCUAUGCAAGUAUUCACGCGGAACGUCUCCUACCACGGUGUGAACCUGAACAUGGUCAUGCUGUAUGAGGAGAAUCGUGCUCGUGAGAUAUUGGAGAAUGUGAUGAGCCUCUUUUUGGACGGCAAAGUAACGGCGCCCAAGCCCAUCCAUCCCUACCCCUUCCAGGAUAUCGAACAGGCUUUACGCUUCCUCCAAAGCGGCAAGAGCUCUGGCAAAGUUGUCCUGGAGGUCGAUAGGGAAUCCAAUGUCCCUAUUGCGCAAGGCCACGAGUCAGGAUAUAAAUUCCGCGAAGACGCGACCUACGUGAUUGCAGGAGGUCUUGGUGGCAUAGGUCGCAGCAUUGCGCGCUGGCUUGUCCAUCGAGGUGCAAAACAUCUUAUACUGCUCUCCCGGUCCGGUGGAAACGACCAAGCGCGGAAGAUGGUGGCUGACCUGCGCACGGCCGGGGUUAAUGUUGAGUGUCCGACCUGCGAUAUCGCAGAUAUCACAUCACUGAGGACCGCCUUGCGCAAGUGCCAGAAGAGAAUGCCCAAAGUUCGAGGAUGCAUCCAAGCGGCCAUGGUUCUCCGGGAUUCGCGGUUCUCCGAUAUGACAUGGGAAGAGUGGAAGCAAGCUACAGGUCCGAAAGUUCAAGGAUCGUGGAAUCUACACCAGGCGCUGCCCUCCAGAAUGGACUUCUUCGUGCUCCUUUCGUCCUGUGCUGGGAUCAUCGGACAUGCAGGACAGUCAAACUACUGUGCAGGUAAUACGUACGAAGACGCCUUUGCUAAAUAUCGGAGCUCGAUCGGAGAAAAGACAGUAUCUGUGGACGUUGGAGUCGUCCUCGGAGAGGGGUUCGUCGCGGAGAACGAAGAGGUCAUGGAUCGAUUGAUGAGAGUGAAGCUGUUUCGCCCAAACACUCUCACCCAGAUAUUUGCUAUCCUCGACUACUUCUGCGACCCCGAAGUGAAAGAAAUUUCCUCUGUUCAGAGCCAGAUAGUCACUGGCUUCGAACUCCCUGCCGACAUCGUAGCCAAGGGAGGAGAUUGUCCGAGCGCGCUGGACCAGCCCAUGUUCCGGUGUCUUCACCAAGCCGAGGGAACAUACAAACCUCCACAGGCUUCCACAUCGGAGAUCCUGACUUUCAAGGCCGCAUUUACUAGUGCAGAAUCAUUCACCGCCGGUGGCCUUGUUGUUUCAGAGUCACUCAGGAUGAAGUUGAGCCGAGUUCUUGGCCUCCCAGCUGAGCAAAUAGGCCUUGAUUCGACGUUAGACAGCUACGGGGUAGACUCGUUAGUAGGUCUAGAGUUGAGGAACUGGUUGGCCAAAGAAUCAGGCGCCGAUGUUGCUGUCUUCGAGAUACUAGGGGGAGUGACUCUGAGAGACAUCGGAAAAACUGUGGCAUCAAAGAGCUCAAUGCGACCGGAAAGCUGGGCAGACCUGUAA